AUGAUGCUGGGUUCUUCUGCUAAUACUUAUUCUGCUAAAACAAAAAGUGAUGGGGUGAAAUCUUCUUCCUCUCGUGACUUUGGCACUUGGGUGUUUAAAAAACCUCUUAAGGACAUUACCAAUUCCAUGGUAGCUACAUCUGGUGGUGGUGGUGUUAAAAGUGGUUAUGUUUUAAGAAGGCCUUGGAAGAACAAAGUUGGGGCUAAACCUUUCUCUUGUCAUGAUAUUGAACUUGUGGGGCUGAAAGUCAAAGGCUCUGAUGUUCAAGAUGAUGUUCGGGGGAAGUUUUCUUUUAAUUUGGGUGGCUAUCUUUUUCCAAAGUUGCCUUUGGGUAAGGGAGGCUUAUUGUUUGGUCAUGAACCUCCUGAUAUCAGUGAGAUGGGAAUUAAUGUGGUUGAGCUUUCUUAUGUGAGUGAUAUGGAUCAUCAGGGUAAUUUCCCUGAACAUUGUGAGUCUGAUACUGGUCUGGAAGCUGAUAGCUCUUUUGAGCAUGAUGGUUUUGAAGCUGUUGAGGUUGAGCAUGUGCAGAUUUAG